AUGCGCGCGGCACUCGAAGUCUGCGGCGAGUUCCUGAGCCGCAUUGGUGCGCUCCAAGACGUCAACGCCAUUGCUGGGAUCCUGCACAAGACGGGCGUGAAACUGUCCGAGACAAGUCCGUUCCGUUGGAGAGCGCUGUUGGCUGCAAUCCGACAUGAACUGGACGCUAGUCCAAUGGACAGUGUGUUCCUCUUCGAUCGGGUGCUGCAGCUGCACGUCAUGAUGUCCGCAGACUCAAGCCUCGCGCUGUUUCGAUCGCCGCUGUUUCUACAUCUAGUGGUACAGCGAUUCGCAGUAGCAUAUGAAGGUCUUGAUGCAGAGUUGUUUAAGUUGGAGAGUGACGAGUUGUGCCACGUGGACGGCAUCUACGAGACUGGGGGCAGUAAGAACGAAGAGCUCACGACAUUUCUCGAGACGUUUGAAAAAAUUUUCGAGCAGGGCGAGCCAAAAGAGUGCUGGGAUGUGUUCUAUGAAUCGCACCGACUCAAGGGCCCUGCUUUUCGGCGUGACAUGAAGCGUGCAUUAUGCGUGAUAGAAUCUGCUGCACUCGGUCCGACGAAACUCGAGCUCGCUUUCCCUACGGAUAUCGCUGGAGACACAAGGAAAGUUAUACCGCGGUCUGUGCUGGAAAGAAGUCCAGGACUGGGUCUGGCCAACGCGCGCUUCAUCCCCCCGAAUGACCUGAAAGCAGAAGUCGUGCAUUCUGACGUUUCGGACGAACCUCCGGCGUCCGAGCGGCCUGUGCCGUCGAGACCGUCACGUAGUGCAGAAGCUGCCAGGGUGAGCCAUCAAGAAGGUCGUUGUGCUGCUGCUCGUACUAGGGUCUCAAGUGAAGAUAAUGUGGUCACUACUUCUGGAGCGACUGGCCGUCCAACUGGUCGACGCAAACGAGUACGCUGGUCUGCAGAAGAAGAGGAAGCGCUGAUUGAAGGCUACAGGCUGUACCACAAGUAUUCAAGCGUAUGGAAGCUAAUCAAGACGAAAUUUCCAGACGUGCUUCGGAAUCGGUCGAACGUCGAUCUGAAGGACAAAUUCCGUAAUCUCAAGCGAUAUAACCGAAUUCUACGAGCUACUGCCAACGGCAACGACAAUGGUGAUACGACUGACAAUGAUGCGACCGAUGACAACGCUGGCACAGCGGACAAAAGUGAUGCUGCUGACACGUAG